AUGAAUGAUGAUAUCAAGCUCAAGAUGCAGAUUCCAGAAGAUCCAGGUAAUCUUCAAUUGUCGGACAGUCAGUCUACAGCCCCUGAGGUGCAAGGGCAGUCACAAGUACUUGGUAAAGAACCAACUCCUUCUAGUAAGGAAUUCAAUUCUUCAGGUGAUGAUUCUAAUGAAGGAUCUAGCCUGG